AUGGCGUGGUGCACCACCGCAAGGAGCUUCCAUUUGCCGGCAAUCGAUGUCGGCUCACUGCGAUCUCGGGUCGGUUGGGUAUCAUUUGCUGGUGCUAACCUCCGCUUCCCUUUGUCGUCAUCUAGAUCAUCGUCGCCAAGCCCCUUCGCUUCCUUCAGCAUUUCUACUGAUGCCACAGCCGGCAUAAAGGAAGCCGUUCAGACAGAAAAGGCUCCAGCAGCAUUGGGGCCAUAUUCUCAAGCCAUCAAAGCAAAUAAUAUGCUUUUCAUGUCUGGAGUUCUUGGACUAAUUCCAGAGACUGGAAAGUUUGUCUCGGAUAACGUGGAGGAUCAAACUGAGCAGGUUCUCAAGAAUAUGGGCGAGAUACUUAAAGCAAGUGGUGCUAGCUAUUCCUCAGUGGUCAAGACAACAAUCAUGUUGGCUGAUCUGAAAGACUUCAAGAAAGUGAAUGAGAUCUAUGCUAAAUAUUUUCCAUCACCGGCCCCAGCUCGUUCAACUUACCAGGUGGCAGCACUACCAAUGGACGCAAAGAUUGAAAUUGAGUGCAUUGCUGCACUAUAA